CCUCUGCCAGUGAUCAGGCUCGACACGAAAACUCAUCGGCCGAGCUUCUUCGGCGCUUUUAAACUUUAAACCCUAUAUAUAUUAUAAUUAUUAUAUAUAUAUUAGUAAUUACUCUUUGAAUAUUCAUUAUUAUUAUACUCCAAGUUGAUGGCCCCAGCAGAGUAAAGAAACUCAAAUACUCAGUAACGUCAAGUUUCAUCGUUGUUGGUAGUUCCACAACCCUUUUUAUCUCGAAAACACAUACAUACCAACAGAAUGGCAACGACACGAGUUACUUUUCUUCUUCUGAUUGCCCUCAUCGUACACGAAUCGUAUGGUCAAAAACAACACCAGGAAGAUCCUUGUCAGACAAAAUCAAGAGUAGUAGGAGAUGUCGAAUAUUGCGAUCGUUAUUGGGAAUGCGUUAACGGAAGGCCAGAAUUAUUUGAUUGUCCAAAUGGUUUAGUUUUCGCUGGUAAACACAGAGGUGUUACCGAGGGUUGCGAUUAUCCUUGGAGAGCUAAUUAUUGCGAUGGUAAACGUCAAGCUAAUCCACCAAUAUCAGCUGAACACUGCGAUUGGCUUUACGGAAUAUUCGGCCAUGAGACAUCCUGUACGAGAUAUUGGACCUGUUGGAAUGGAACUGCAACUGAACAAUUAUGUAUAGGUGGACUACUUUACAACGAAAGAGCACGCUCUUGCGAUUGGCCCGAAAACGUCGAGGGUUGUCAAAAACAUCCAUUAUGCAACGACGACGCGAAUGGCAACGUUCCAUUAGGAAAAUCCUGCAACCGUUAUUGGCAGUGUCAAGGUGGUUAUCCACGCUUGCAAAGGUGUCCAGCAAUGUUGGUCUUUGAUAGACGAUCUUUAAGGUGCGUCGUACCACCCACCGAGGAUUGUGACGUACCAACAACGCAACCAACUUUGGACGGAGAUCUUCAAGAAGGUCGAUUGGAACAAGAACCCGAAGAAGAAAAUUUACCACCUGGUGUACCACCACUUCCGGCUGGUGCCUUACCGAUUUCUCUUCGACCCCGUCCUAGAAAUUAAUUUGCUUAUACGAAUUUCCACUCUCCUCCUUCAAAAAAAAAAAAAAAAAUAAUAAUAAUAAUAAAGAAAGAGAAUAUCCAGAGAAUAGUCAAGAAACGAUCAAAACUUAAUCUCGCAUUUCGAACGAGACUUUUCUGACUACUAUUCUGACAUUAUUCAAUUCUGAAUGUUAUUAAUAAAAUAAAAUAAUCCAUUCGCGUAUAGGAUUUACAAAUAUUCUGGACAAACGAUGCUCACAAAUCGUUAAAAAAAGGACAAACAAAAUUCAGUACUCCAAAAGUAGUAUAUCCUACUUAUUUUGUAAUCUUCCUUUCGUAACUAAGACUUCUCUUUUAGAAUUAAAACAAAAUAAGUGUAAUCAUGCUAGAUGCUUAAGAUUAUUAUUUUUUUUGUUUUUCGUUUAAUUGUUUUUUAUAAGAUCUGUUCAUCAUCCUCUCCUUAGUCAUUUUUGGUAAAGAUGUAAAUAUUUGUUCUUUUAGCCAUUUAUCACUUUUUUCCUCGAAAGCAGUCUCCCUCUUCCCACUUUCCCCAGCCCUUUAUUUCUAUUACAACCUGAUCGAUAAUGUAUAAUAGAAUUACAUUAAAUAAACUGUAUAUUAUAUAUUUUUUCUAGA